AUGGAGUCUAGCAGAAAAACCCACGUGGGUUCAACUCCAAAUUCAGGGAACAUAAAUAGGAAGUGUUUGAAUUGUAGUAGGCUUAAAAAGGUGGUGACUUCUAGAUGUGUUUUUGUUUUGGUACUUAGUUUUGCUAUUCUUUUAUCUUCUUUUUUUUGGCUGCCAUUCUUUCACUUUGGAGAUAGAAAAGACCUGGAUCUGGAUUAUCAAGAUAUGGCUGGAUCAACACAGGUUUUUAACAUCCUUAGAGGAGCAGCUAGUAGAGCAUGGGCUGUGGAACGUGUUGAAAAAUUACGUGUUUAUAGAAACUAUGAAAUGGAUCCGCGACAUAACCUAUUACAAUGCAUAAAAUAUCUCAAAGCGAUGUGUCGAGAAGUGAUACAUUUGAGACAUCAUAUAUGUGAGACCAUGGCAUCUAAGAAUAUCAUAGCUGACCUAAAUAAAGGUGACAAAUUGAAUGGCAAUAACUAUAACACUUGGCGCCAUAAAAUUUGGUAUGUGCUGGAGGAACAGGAUUGCCUUGAGGGCAUUAACCACGUGAUGGAAGACCCAGGGAAAUACGGUGGUACUAGUGUGAUUAGACUGAGGCAGUUGCCUAUUAAAUUUGACACUUACAAGAAACUUCCUAAUCACAAUAUCACACAACAUGUGAGGAUCAUGUCAAUUAUGAUUAGGGAAUUGAAAUUAGCUGGUCAUAUACUCUCUAAUGAGCAACAAGUUCAUGCUUUGAUUUGCUCUCUUCCUGAUAAUUGGGAAUAUUUGAAAGUCAAUUUGACUCAUAAUGAUAGUAUCAAAACAUUUGCUGAUGAUGCCCGCCAUGUGGAACUAGAAGAUGAGCGCCUUGGUGCAGCUAAAUAUCUAGGACAAGCUUUUGUAGCUGAAUCUAGUUCUGGGAAAGCUUCAGGCUUUAAGCGUAAAAAGAACUGUGCUGUUUAUGUUUCAAGCACUAUUAUGCUAACUGAAUCUUAUCCUAUGUGGAUUGCAGAGUCAGGAGCGACAGACCAUGUAACCAGGGAUCAAGAAGCGUUUGUGGAGUUCCGUCGAAUUCCAACUGGUACAAAGUGGAUAUAUGUCGACAACGAUGAUAGAGUGGAGGUGAAAGGGAUCGGUACAUGCAAGUUACAUUUGCGCAGUGGCCGUACUAUUCUCCUUCACGAUGUCCUAUUUGCACCAGGGAUACGAAGGAACUUAAUUUUCGUUGUUGUUCUUUUAAGAGGAGGCUUUGUAGUGUUGGAUUGUGAUUCAAACACUUAUAAUUAUUAUGUUGAUCGUUGUUUUUCUAUCAAUGUAUCUUCUUCUUCUUCUUCUAAAGAUUUGAAUGUUGAUACAUCUUUAGUUUAUUCAGAUAUAUGUGGCCCGAUGAAUGUGAGGGUAAGACAUGGAGCCUCUUAUUUCAUUACUUUUAUAGAUGAUUUUACACGACGAUAUUUAAAUGUGGUAGAAAAUCAAAUAGAUCGAAAGGUAAAAGCCUUGAGAACUGACCGAGGGCAUGAAUAUCUAUCCAAAGAGUUCAGAAACCUAUGUGAUGAUAAGGGAAUCAUUAGGCAAUUAACUAUUCCCAAUUCAUCUCAACAAAAUGGUGUUGCUGAGAGGAGGAAUAAAACGUUGCUAGAAAUGGUGAGGUUCAUGAUGGCGCAUGCUAACUUACCUAUUUCCUAUUGGGGAGACGCUUUGUUAACUGCGACCUACAUUCUGAAUAGAGUUCCUUCUAAAUCAAUACCUACUACACCAUAUCAGCUUUGGAUAGGUAGAUCCCCUGAUUUAAGUUCUCUUAGAUACUUGGGAUUAGCUGCCUAUAUCCAUGAUUCAUCAAAUAAGUUUGGAAAAUUGGGUGCUCGAGGUAAGAAGUGUAUUUUUAUAAGAUACUCAGACCAGUCUAAAGGAUAUGUGUUCAUAGGUGAAAAUCAAGAUGAGACUAUAACUGAAAUAAAGUCACGCGAUGUGACAUUUCUUGAGAGUGAUUUUCCUAGUAGGGGAGAAAUUAAAAAGGGAGAACCUUUAUAUGAAUUAGAUGAUAGAGUUGUACUUGAUGGAUCAACUGAGGUGCAAGAGGAAACACGUCCACCUGUCGAUCCAAGUGGGAGACAAGUUUUCCUAGUAUUUCCUGAAGAUAGUGAAGAACCAAGUUCAGUACAAGAAGCUCUAUCAUGUUCUGCAAAGAAAAAAUGGAAGAAUGAAAUGGAAGAAGAGAUGGAGUCUAUGAAAUCAAAUCAGGUCUGGGACUUGGUUGAUCUUCCAUCUAGUCAAAAAGCCAUUGGGAACAAAUGA